AUGGCAGAUUGCAUGGGGGAGGGCGACGAAGACUCCAGCGACACGAACGAUUCCGAUGGGGAGGGAUUGCGCGUCGCACAUCGGCUGUCUGCCCAUGUCAUGGGUUGGGGAGCAGUGGCGCGUUUUCAGCGGGCUGCAUCCGUCGCAGAGAUGCGAGAACAGGGCAUGUCAACUGGCCAAGCCAAUGCACAGGCAGUCGCACAGCAUCGCAAUGAAGUCCUUUUCGCCCUAUACUCGAAGUAUAUCAUGUGUGCUGCCGUGUUGGCCGUGUUCCUCAGUGUUGCAGUCUGCGGCCUGUUCAUCUGGCACAUGUGCGAAUUCUGGCACUACAGGCAAGUGAAGUGCAAUGGUAGUCUCAGGGUGAUGACGCGGGUGGUGCUCGGCAUCUCUAUAUUUGACAUAUUGAUGGGUACCAGAGUCUGCUGCACAGAGGUGGACGAGACGAGCCUCCCGCGGAGGUGGAGAAUGAAAGACUGUUGUAUAGUGCUUUUGCUACUGACGAUGGGCCUGAAUGUUUGGGGCGUGCUUUCACUUUCUGCAGCGCAGAUCAGUGGUGUGGCAGAUGUGAGUUUGUUGCCCAACUGCUCCGACGCCGCCCCGGGUCUCUACAUGGCCACGGUAGCUCAUGGAGUCGGUCUCGUCGUCUACUCCGUCUACUUGCUGAUCAGCUUCAUUGGAGUCGGCAACUUGCUGGAAACUUUGCUAAGGCGAGGGCUCCUGACCUCGCCCAGUGGAGCGCCGAAAGGAUGCCUCGAGGACUGCACCGUAGAGGUCACCGAGAUCGAGGAUGGCUAUGAAUGCCCGAUCUGUUUAGAAGAAUGCACCCCAGAAACGACGGUAAUGACGAAGGAGUGUCACCACAUAUUUCACAAAGACUGCCUGCAGCACUGGCUUCAGGUGAACAGUACCUGUCCCCUGUGUCGGCAAAGCCUUGCCAGGCACAGUUAG